UUAUAUUGUUUUAAAGAUUUGGCGAAUAACAUACGCCAAUUCUAUUCUGUUAGAACCAUAGGUUGAGAAUUUUUAUUGAAUUUAUUAUUAUCCGAUGUUUGAAUUUUUAAUCUUCUGAAUAUAUUGAAAUAAAGAGGCAUCACCACCUUCUCCUUGAAUAAAAAAAAAUUAAAAAAAUACGUUCAAUUUUUAGUUAACCAGAUAACAUGGAAAACCUGAAAGAAGAUGAUGAAUCUGUUUGUAUUAUUGCUGAUGAAGCAGCAAGUAGUGGAUCACAAGGAGAUGAUACUAAUUUAUUGGGAAUGGAAUUUGUUAGCUAUGAAUGGAAUCCCUUGAAGAAAGCAUGGGUAAAGACAGAAGAUGGUGAAGAAAGCUCUGACCCUGAAACGUUAGAUAAGCCAUUAAAGCUAAAAGAUUUUGAGUACUAUCUUGAAAUUGAUGGAGAAUUGUGCAAAUUAAUGUUUAACAAGAAUGAUGAUCCUUAUGAAGUAGCUGUAGACUUUAUUGAUGAUCAUAAAUUGGAUCCUCUUUACCUUAGUGCUAUUGUAGAUUACAUUGAGCAAAGUCGUGCUUCAUCUAAACUACCUUUUAGUUACAAUGAAUAUUUCCCUGUUCAAACAUAUUACAAGUAUUUGAAGGCCAAUGUUGCUGGUUUAAAAGCUAAAUUGCUGGAAUUUACUGAUUUUGUUUCAAAGCCUCAUCAUAUUCCACCUUCGAAGAUAGAAAGUCUUGUGUUACUUACAAGUUAUCCUGAACAAGUUACUCAAGAGCAGCUGGGAAGCUUGGAUUUAGUAAUUAGCUGGGAUGAUGAAUACCUGUUUCCUGCCUUGGAUUUGUUACGUCUUGCCAUACGUUGUGAAGGUGUUAGUGUGAAGAUUGGGAGUGCUGCAUUGAUAAAUCACUUGUUACACAUUUUAAGAAACACUAAAUUAUGUGUUAACCGUGUUUUAAUAGUUAAAAUAUUUUGCAAUCUUUUUGAUGUAAAAGAUGGGGUUGAAUUAAUGAUCAAAUUCCAAGCUAAGAUCUGUGGAACCGUGAAAGAAGCUGUAUUGUCCACUGAGAAAACCCAUAAGUCAGCUUCAUCCCUCUUAUUCAAUUAUGCUGUUGCUGCUUUCCAUGAUUUACCACUUGAUAUUGAUUUAUAUUGUUUGGAUUUGAUUGACAUGAUGAAAGUUAUUGUCGAUUCUGAUUCAUUGUAUAGAAUAUUUGCUGCGGUGGGAACCUUGUGUUUUGCUAAUCGUCCAGCUUUUAUGUUUUUGCAGUCAUUGAAUUUCUAUGAUUUAGUGCUUCCUUGUCAGAAACAUGCUACUGGAAAUGCUAAUGCUGUCUUAAAAAAGUUGCUUGAAGCUUUUCACCCAUAAAAUAAAUUAGCAUUUAUCAUUUAUGUAAAUUCAUGGGCAUUCAUGGGGUUAAGAAUUUCUUUUCAAAAUUUACAUGCCUUCAUAAUUUUUUAAAUUCUAAAUAACAGUUUUAAUAAUUAUUUGUCCAAAUUUUUCCCAGUAGUUUUCAAUAAUGCAACCAUCAAUUUCAUUUUCCCAUUAAAUGCGGAAAGAAACGUUAUAGAACAAUGUGGUAUUUUUAUUUGCAUUUCUUUAUGUUACCAAAGUUAUUUCAUAUAAUUAAUGCAAUAUUAUGUAAUGCAUCUGUGAUACUACAUUUGUGAACUCUUUAUAUUCUGAUUAUAAAUGUUUCAUUUUUACUACACUUUUUAUAUGAA